GAAAGUUUUUUUGUUAAAAAGGAGUGACCGAUUGAUCGGAACCGAAAGAGAAAGGCAUCGGGCUCUUCGCCACCGUUCUUCUCUCUCUAGAAAUCCUUGAAAUUUAGGGUUUCAUUUCUCUGGUUAUACGGGUUUUCUUCGAAAUCUAGGGUUUUCACGGCGACGGAAUUUGGGGGUUUGAUCUGGGAAGAACCAGAGGAAAGGGUUGAGAAGGGGGGACGAAAAGAUGAGCUUGGAUUCGGUGCCGUCGAAUUCUCAUGGGAACCUGGACGAGCAGAUUGAUCAGCUCAUGCAGUGCAAGCCGUUGUCUGAGCAAGAGGUAAGGGUGCUGUGUGAGAAGGCUAAAGAGAUAUUGAUGGACGAAAGCAAUGUUCAGCCUGUGAAGAGUCCUGUUACAAUCUGCGGUGAUAUUCAUGGGCAGUUUCAUGAUCUUGCAGAGCUUUUUCGUAUUGGAGGAAAGUGCCCAGAUACAAAUUACUUGUUCAUGGGAGAUUAUGUUGACCGUGGUUACUAUUCAGUCGAAACUGUAACACUCUUGGUAGCUCUUAAAGUGCGUUACCCCCAACGGAUAACCAUUCUAAGGGGAAACCACGAAAGCCGCCAGAUUACUCAAGUUUAUGGGUUUUAUGAUGAGUGCCUAAGGAAGUAUGGCAAUGCAAAUGUUUGGAAGAUUUUUACUGAUCUCUUUGACUAUUUUCCGCUAACUGCAUUGGUUGAAUCAGAAAUUUUCUGUCUCCAUGGUGGAUUGUCUCCCUCCAUUGAAACUCUGGACAACAUUCGUAAUUUUGAUCGUGUUCAAGAAGUUCCUCAUGAGGGGCCCAUGUGCGACCUUUUGUGGUCUGAUCCAGAUGAUCGUUGUGGGUGGGGUAUUUCUCCAAGGGGUGCUGGAUAUACCUUUGGACAAGACAUAUCUGAGCAGUUUAACCAUACAAACAAUUUGAAGCUCAUUGCUAGGGCUCACCAGCUGGUUAUGGAAGGAUAUAAUUGGGGUCAUGAACAAAAGGUGGUUACCAUAUUUAGUGCACCUAAUUAUUGUUAUCGUUGUGGGAACAUGGCUUCUAUCCUUGAAGUUGAUGACUGCAAGGGUCACACAUUCAUACAGUUUGAGCCUGCUCCAAGGAGAGGAGAACCAGAUGUGACCCGGAGAACACCUGAUUACUUCUUAUAAUUCUGCACGCUGGUUAGAGAAUUGACAAGUCUCUUAGUGACCAGUGUUUCUGAACUGGUGGUGCGUUGAGGGCUUUUUCCAAUUUAAGAUAAAAUUUACAUUUCACGGUGGUGAUGGUGGUGGGUUAACAUCAAGAAUGUAAAAUGGGUGACUGAGGCUUCCUUGGUGGAGGUAUAGUCGAAUUAUGGUUAACAAGAGAGGAAGCAGAAAAGCUGGCAACACUAUAGGGGGCAAUUGUACCAUUUCCAGCAAACAAUUUGGCAUUUCUAUUUUUCUACUCGAUUUUCAUUUUUGUUCGUAUUUUUGUCCUUUCAUCUGUAGAAUGGCUGUUGCAGGGUUGGAGAUCUGUAGAGGGGUGUUGAAUUGAGACAAUUUCUUAUAAUGGGUGCUUCUAUAAUUUUUGUUUACUUCUGUUCAAGUCAAAAUUUUCCGUCUAUUUUUCCUGUGUUUAAGAAAAAAAAAUCUUCAGUGCCAAGGUUUAUCAUGUAUGAGCAAAUUUUGAUGUCAGCUCUCUGUGAUACUUCACGACUGCAUUCUUGGUGCACUGAAGAAUUUUUGUCAUUUAGCGGCCAGUUCGUCCUGCCGAAUUGAAAGAUACU